ACUCCACAAGCGAAUGAGAACUUCUUUCUGCAGAACUGAGGUGAAGAACUUCACCAUGGGUCAACAAAUUUCAAACCACACCCAAACUGUAAUUAACAAGUUGCCAGAAAAAGUAGCCAAGCACGCAGCUUUGGUUCAAGAAAGUGGUUUCCUAACCUAUGAAGAGUUUCUGGGAAGAGUAGCUGAACUUAAUGAUGUUACUGCAAAAUUGGCUUCUGGACAAGACAAACACCUGUUAUUUGAAGUGCAGCCUGGUUCUGAUUCUUCUGCUUUCUGGAAGGUGAUCGUUCGGAUCAUAUGCACUAAGAUAAAUAAAACAAGUGGCAUCGUGGAAGCUUCCAGAAUCUUGAACUUAUAUCAGUUCAUUCAACUUUAUAAAGACAUCACCAGUCAAGCAGCAGGAGUUCUUGCACAGAGUGAUACUUCUGAAGAAGCUGCUGAGAGUUUGGUGUCUGUGUCGUCGUGUCAGGCCAGCUUGUGGAUGGGAAGGGUGAAGCAGCUGACAGAUGAGGAGGAAUGCUGCAUCUGCAUGGACGGACGCGCUGAUUUAAUCCUGCCCUGUGCUCACAGCUUCUGCCAGAAGUGCAUUGAUAAAUGGAGCGAUCGCCACCGGAGCUGUCCCGUGUGCCGGCGGCAGGUGACCGGCGCCGGGGACUCGUGGGUGGUGUCGGACGCUCCCACGGAGGAUGACAUUGCUACUUACAUCCUCAACAUGGUGGACGAGGCAGGGCAGCCCCACAGGCCCUGA